AUGACUUGGACGCGCUCAAUUAUCAUUACCGGCGGCACCGCCAACCUUGGGUACCAUGCGGCUGCUGCCAUUGCCAAGGCACACCCCGACUUCCUUGUCGUACUCUCUUCGCGCUCCGACAAUGAUCGCGCCGCGGAGACGAUCAACAAAUCUCUGGGUCAAAACAACACCGUUUUCAUUCCACUCGACCUCUCCAGCCUGGAAAGCAUUCGGACAUACUGCAAACAAUGGGUCAGCGAACAACGGCCCCCAGUUCAGGCUCUCGUUCUUAACGCUGGACUGCAAUUCCCUGGCGGCUUGACCAAGACUGCCGACGGACUCGAAUCCACGUUUGCCAUCAAUCACGUCGGACACGCGCUUCUCUUCCACCUGCUGUGGCCGCACUUGGCUGAAGGGGCACGCAUCGUGCUCACCUCGAGUGGCACGCACGACCCCGACCAAAAGACUGGCCUUCCGGACGCCAUUUACACGAGCGCGGAAGACCUUGCACAUCCCCCAGCCUCCAUGGUGGAGGUGCCCGGCCGUCAGCGCUACGCUAGCAGCAAGCUCGCCAAUGUGCUCUGGACAUAUGCGCUCGACCGUCGCCUGGCUCGGCGGAAGGACACGCGUGCCGUUACCGUCAAUGCCUUUGAUCCGGGGAUGAUGCCCGGGACAGGGUUGGCACGAGAGGCGAGCGGCGUUGUCAGGUUUCUCUGGCUGCGAGUGCUGCCGCACAUCCUCCCCCUGCUGCGCGUGGCCGUGUCUCCAAACAUUCAUGCACCUGCAGAAUCUGGCGCAGCGUUGGCUAAUCUGGUUGUCGGCAAGGAUGUAAGUGGCCAGUCGGGCAAAUAUUAUGAAGGGACCAGAGAAAUUCGCUCGAGCAAGGACAGCUACGAUGAGUCGAAACAAGAGGAUCUUUGGCGCUGGACAGCUCAGUACUUGGCGUCAUCGGAGGAUGAGCGAUCGAGGUUUGAGACGCUGACGGAGUAUGAAGAGAGGCAGUCAGACACGUUGUACGAGGUGUACACUUUUUGA